AUGAAUUUUUUUCUUUUCUUUCUUCUUUCUUUCGCCCGCUUUUUCUUUUCGUCUUUUUUCUUCUUUUCGUCGUCUUUCUUAAAAAUUUCUUUUUUCUUUAUUUUUUUCGUCUUUUUUUCUUUUUUUCGUCUUAGGUCUUUCUUUCUUCUUUUCGUCGUUUUUUCUUUUCUUCUCGUCUUUCUUUCUCUUUUCUUUUUUCGUUUUUUUUUUUUUUCUUUUCGUCUUUCUUUUAUUUUUUUCGUCGUCUUUCUUCUUUUUCGUCGUCUUUCUUCUUUUUCGUCGUCUUUCUCUUUCUUUCUUCUUUUUCGUCGUCUUUCUCUUUCUUUCUUCUUUUUCGUCGUCUUUCUCUUUCUUUCUUUUUUUUCAACAUUUCGUUCCGUCUUUCUUUCUUAUUUAUCUUCUUCCUUUUUUCUCUUUUCUUCUUUCUCAUAUUUCCUUCUCUCUUAUCUAUUCUCAAUUUUCUUUCUUUCUCAUCUAUCUUCGGAUUUCCUUCUCUUAUCUACCUUCGUUCUUUCCUUCUUUUUUAAUACAUUCUUCUCCUCUCCUCGAUCAUGUCUUCCUUAUUUUAGAAAUUUAAAUUUCAUCCUCUUUUUUCGUUCAUUUCAACAUCUAUCUUUUCUUUCCUUCUCUCUUAAAUCUUAA